UUAAGUCUUAACAGAAUCCUUAAAUUAGAUGAAGACAAGUUUCUCUUUCCAGUCAAGUGCAGCGCAAACCUCUUUACUCUUUCUAACACUUGCCAAUUGCCGACACCUAAAUAGUAAAUUCUACUACCACACACCACACUACAAUCAUCGUUUGUUUCUCUCUCUAGAGAGAGAAAGAUGGCUACGAACAACACAGGGGUUAUAUUGAAGAUUGCUUUGGGGGUUGUGGCACUGUGCAUAGCAGGGUACAUAGUGGGUCCCCCUCUUUACUGGCACUUAAUGGAAGGAUUGCUUGAUGUCAACCACUCUUCUUCUUCUUCUUCUCCUUCUUGUGCUCCUUGUCUCUGUGAUUGUUCUUCCCAACCCAUACUUUCAAUUCCACAAGGUCUGAGUAACACUUCAUUUGGAGAUUGUGCAAAGCCUGAUCCGGAGGUGAGUGGAGACACCGAAAAGAAUUUUGGCGAACUAUUGUCAGAAGAACUAAAGCUAAGGGAGAACCAAGCUUUGGAACAACAGCAGCGUGCUGACAUGGCACUCCUAGAGGCAAAGAAGAUCGCAUCUUCUUAUCAAAAGGAAGCAGACAAGUGCAAUUCAGGGAUGGAGACGUGCGAGGAGGCGAGGGAGAAAGCGGAGUUAACCUUGGUAGCUCAGAAGAAGCUGACUGCAUUGUGGGAACUUAGAGCACGGCAGAAAGGGUGGAAAGAAGGGGCUGCCAAGUCUCAAGGAAAUGUACAAACUAAACUGCUUAGAGAAUAGGCAUUGCAUGACACUUUUCAAAGAAACUGAGUUUGCAGUGUUGGUAACAGAAACAAAUUUGUUCAUGGAAGGUUAAGUGUAUAAAAACAAAUGAUGUUUGUAACUUUAACGCCCAUUUUGGGUAUUGGUUCCACAUGCAAGAUAAUGCUAAUGUUACAUCUAAAAUUUUUUGUUUAAGCAGGUUCAACAUAA